AGCUUCUUGCUGCUCAUUGUUCUGAUUCACAAACACAUGCACACACUGGAAUGGUGCUGACUGAAAUAUGUUGUCUGCAUUGUAAUGCGCUAGAGUCAUGUCUAAACCACCCAACUGACCAAAGCCUUCGUGAGCACAUCAACAAGUCUGCGACAAACAAUAGCAAGUAGAUUGACCUGACCUACGCCCUCUUCUUCCUCGUUGAAAUCUCGCUAAGAUCCCGGUGAACUCUCAAGACAACUGAUUGGGUUCGCACACAGAGAGGGCAAUAGUGUCUACAAACAGUAAACGAGUCAGGAGCGAAAAGAUUCUGCCCAACGGUCUGAAAAGUAAUCUCUUACGUGGAAAACAAAGAAAGGACUUUGGAAUGCUUCUGAGCAGACGACGAGCUUUACAGAAACUGCGAUUUUGAGGCCAUUGUCGUAAAGAGAAUAAUGGGCUUGUUGAGUGAACUGGUGUCACUGGGUGUGGUGCUUUGUUUGACAGUUUCAGGAAGCAACGCUCAGUGUGGGGAGCAGCAGCACAAUGCCUUUUUGGACUGUGUGCAUCCAUAUUUAUCCUCUUUUGCGCCAUUAACAACAGGAUCUUCCUGUAACAGAAAGCUUAUCACAGCAGGUCUUUGCACGAAUUUUGCCACUAUAAUGCGAUGUGUCAAUGAUAUCAACAACUCAUCAACGUGCAUGUGCGACGCUGUCAGUCCAAUCAGAGAAAAAAUAAGUUUUGCUUGUACGUUGAGUGACUUGCAGGAAGCGUGUACAGAAGGUCGUAACCAUGACACAGUGGAUGAGCGAAUUAAUAGAGGACACACUGAGGUGGUCGGCGAUGUUGGGGAUGCUGGUCACACGACCACGUCAUCAUCUGAAGGGGAUGGGGGAAUUAAUGGAGGACACACUGAGGUGGUCAGCCAUGCUGGGGAUGCUGUUCACACAACAACGUCAUCAACUGAAGAAUGUAGUACGGAGGUGCUUAGGACAUCAACUUCACUAGGGGAUGGCGGCACCAAUGGAGGAGAUGUCCAGGCUUUCGUCGAUGGCGCCAGUCUUCAAUGUGGGGACCAAGAACACACUGCCUUUAUGGAUUGUGUUUUUCCAUAUAUCUCGUCAUUUGCCCCUCUGACAACUGGGUCUUCCUGUAACAGAAAACUUAUCACGGCAGGUCUUUGCAAGAUGUUUGCCACUAUCGUGCAAUGUGUCAACAAUAUCAACGCUUCCUCAACAUGCAGGCGUGAUGCUGUCAAUCUAAUGAGGGAACAAAUGAAUUUUGCUUGUAAGCUGAGCGACUUGCAGGAAACGUGUACAGACGCUCCUACUCUGGACACAGGGGAGAUUAUCCACACAACCACGUCUUCAUCUAAAGCUUCACAAAUGCAGACCAUGGAAUCAGCAUCUGUCGGAGGAAAGCCUGUGACAGGAAGUGCUGUUCCUUCUCGAGCCUCAUUAGUCUUGUUAAUGAUGUACACGAUCCUGCUAGUCUUGUUGCUUAGGAUUUCCUAAAAUGCGUGCUAUGUGUAUUAGGCGAACGAUUCUAGUUUAUUUUCUUUCAGGAUUAAUGCGAUUAACUAUUAUAUAUUCUUUUACUGUUAAAAAUGGCAUUAUUCAUUUAAACAUUAAUAACUUGUUCAUUGUAAACUUCAUACAUAAUAUAUAUAUAGAUGAUUUAUGAGAUAUGUACACAAAUAUAUUAUUAAAAAUGGAUUUGAUA